CAGGCCAGCGUUUUCUCCUCUGCAAAGCGGAGGACACAGGUGCCACCACCUUGUGAUGGAGCCCACUGAGUGCGGCCCUCUCGUUGCCGGGGCGGGGGCGGGGUGUCCUCACACCUUAGUGACCCGGAGGUGGGGCUCGAGGAUGUAGGUGCUGAUUCUGGAGGGAACGUAAGUGGUGGCUUUGCAGGUCGUGAGGACACUGCACCCGCCUGGGUGUCCUGGCCGCCGAGGCCUGUGUCACAGACCUUCCUGUUGGCGCAGCGUGUGCAGAGCCCCCACAUGCGUGCGGGCCACCUGGGCGCUGCUUUCCUGGCUGUCAGACUGUCCCGUGCUGGUUAACAGGACUUGACAACAGGAAAGGGGUUUCCAAAGGCAGUUUUCUGAGUGGAAUUACUGUAUCUAAAAUCGCAGCGUAGAAUAAUAACAGUAACUUUAAUCCCCAGAAACACAACACGGGUGAGUAACUUGCUCGUAAAAAAAAUUACGGCCAAACGUAGUCCACGGUUGCCCAGACAUGACAGUGAAAGGGGGAAUAAAUAGGAUUCCACACCCAGAAUAGGCUUUCCAGUGGUGACAUUCCGAAAUGUGACAGUCUCAGAGUUCCCAUCAUGGCUCAGUGGUUAAUGAACCUGACUAAUGUCCACGAGGAUGUGGCCUCGCGCGGUGGAUUUAGGAUCCGGCGUUGCUGUGAGCUGUGGUGCAGGUCACAGAUGUGGCUCCGAUCCCACGUUGCUGUGGCUGUGGUUGUGGUGUAGGCUGGCGGCUGCAGCUCUGAUUCGACCUCUAGCUUGGGAACCUCCACACGCCGCAGGUGCAGCCUAAAAAGACAAAAAGAAAAAAAAAAAAAGAGGAAAUGCGAUGGUCUCAAGCAGGGCUUGCCAAAGAUGAGGUCUGUGUGCGUGUGGCCCCAGAACAGAAUCUCCACGCAUCUUGAAAGAUACACUCCCGUGCAGAGCAGGGGCUUCAGGAAACGGGAAGUGCUGGAAGUCGUUCAGACGUGCACGUGUGAACUCGUGGGGACGCGCUGCCUCGUGUCUCAUCCGGGCAGGACGUUUGUCAAAGGCACCCCAGCCUCGGAGUCCCGUCCCCCACAGCUGGAUCCUCCUCCAGGGGGAGCCCUGAUGUCCCAGCCCCGCUUCCUCCCGGUGACAUGGCAGGUUCUGCGCAGGCUGCAGGGAGUGCAGUUCUGAAGCCCGGAGAGCCUGUGGGUUGGAGCCACAAAGCCCUUCUUAACGUUGUCUGGAGACGCCCGGAGCUGCAGGACACUGGAUGUUAAAGCCCCAUCCGUGUUUGGGGGGCGGUGGCCAGGAGCAGUGACUCCGAACCCACUUCUGAGCCCUGCUGUCUGAUUCAAGUUUUGAGCCAAUGUAUCAUUUCCAUUACUCUCCUUUCAAACAUUCCUGACAUCAGGGAGCAGCCAGACACCGAGGUGCCUUGUGUCACCUCCUGGCCCCACAUCGUCGCUGUCCUCUCCUUUGUCAGGAGAGCCUUCCUGGUCUGUGGUGGCUUCUCAUGUCCCGAGCCCCCUCGGGUCCCGAGAGAGGAGACCCCGCCCGGGGUGGGGGGUUGGGAUAGGUUGUGAAACAGGUGCAGGCUCCUGGGCGCCCUCUCGAAACCGUCGCUUCUCCUGGAAGCUGUGGAGCAGGAACUGACAGAACGAAGUCAGCAUCCUUCCAGGAGACUUGAAGUCAGGUCCAGGUGUGUAGAUGCUGGUGUGUAAUGUCACGGCCCAGUCACGGACAGCGCAACCGCUGUGGCUGAUCCAUGUCACGACAGAGGCCCGCAGACCGGGGCCUGUCCAGCGGGCAGUCAGGGGACGGGCCGCCGAUGGAGACCAGCUGGCAGGGAGAUCUAGACACAGGGUCGCUUUCAUCCAACAGCAGCUCGGGAUGUGUGGCAAAGGCGCUUCCAUUUGUGAAACCAGUUUACGAACAGGCCAGGAGAGUAUGUUGGCCGUGAUGGAUCUGUGUUUUCUUGGGAAGAAGACAUUCAUUUCUGCCUUAAGAGGAGACUUGCCGGGCUUCUCAAGUGCACAGAAGCCCGCGCUCAGGAAGUUCCCUUUUACCAAAGCCGAAGCUUGGAAAGCAUUUAUCUUUCACGAGGGGUGAAAAUGCCGCUAAUGGAGCCAAACCCCUGGCCGGAUCCAUAGCUGUGCUGUCGCUGGUCAUCGGUGAUGGAUCCACCUUCCAUUUCCUUUUUGGGGAAACACACUGGGCAGAACCUGGUAGAAGAAGGAAAAACAAGACCCCAGCGGGACCCCCUUCCUGUGCUCCUGACUCUGGCCGAGCCCCUGCCCAGGGCCCGCUUGAGCCUGCCAGGCGCCAGGUCCUGGACACAGAGAACAGCGGGGCUUCAUCCUCACAAAACGGUGUUUGGGACAAAAUCCACGUGGCUCGCAGCUCUGCCCUCAGGACGCUGCGGAAUUAAACAUCUCUCAAAGCGGAAUCCUUGUGCCUCUUGGCAGAGGCGCAAGUUAGGGUGGUGGUGCCGUAAUGACCUCUGCACCGGCCGUGUCCCUUCGGCUCUGAUAAUCAACCCCGAGGCCCACGCGUGAGGAAGCCAAGCCCCAGAACAAGAUGUGGGAGCACCCUCGGCCCGUGACCCCGCUGCGGACGCACGCCGCCCCCCCGUCCCCAUCGUAACUCGCAUCAUUUCCCAGCCUCGGUGGAUCCAGAACUUUUUUGCAAAUUUUCCUGCUUUUCACAGCCCAUCUCCUGGUUGUGAAAGGGAGUUGAGGGCGUGGGUUGCUGCCCCCAGGGUGCUGUCGGGGCCACAUGGGGACACCGGGGCCGCGCCCCCUCCCUGGAUGAAAGCACCUGGGCUGCAGGCGGUUCCAGAUGCUCUCAUUUUAGACUCUGGGCCUGCGCAGCCGUGGCAUCCGGGCUGUUCUGGGUCUUGUCCCUGCAUGACUGGAGGUUGUCCAGGCCUGACAACCUGACCAGGUGCACUGCCAGCCUGGACAGAAGCCGAGGUGGUGCACACAGAGGGCACAGUGGUCAAAAGCAGCUCGGGCACAUGCACCCUGUGGGCGCCAAGUCUUCUGAGGUGAGGCACGAGGCCGGUCGCUGUCUGGUGGGCCUCGGCCUUUCUCUAGUCGUCUGAUGCGAAAGACGCGCUCAGCUCCCUGGUCGGAAGAAAAGCACCCCCGUGCUUGUGGCUCCACCAGGGGAUCCCAGGAAAAACUCCGUGCAACUGAUCGUGUCACGGCGGAAGGCGGAGCUUCAGCACGAUGCCGCUCAGGCGGUUGUAUUGUGUGUCCCAAUACAAAUACUGCAUUGUUUUGUGGCCCAAGGGUCUAGGGAAAGAGUUAGGUCAUUGCAGUGUAACAGCGAUCAAAAGUGUGCAGGUGGCCACGCCGAUGGUUUGCCAGCUCUCAUGCGGGUAAUAAAAUGCUCAUUUUCUGCCAUCCGUGCCAUACGGAUACAUCGGCGUAGCCAUGGAUGUUUACACUGUCUCGCUGGGUGUUUGCUUUUCUUACCAAACAUCAUGAGGGAUCACUAACCCACCUUUUGGCUAAAUUACUAAAAAUCAGCAGCAAUGACUUGUUACACUCGCUUCUUCUGGAAAACACGGGUUUACAGAGCACCCUCUCCGAGCGGCGGCACGGGCUGUCUGUGACUGACCAGAGUAAAGGCAUCAUUUGAGUGGUUCUAAAUCCCACAUCCGAGUUGGUUCCCUGGUGGACUGGGCUCUGGGAACUGAAAGGGAGUCCUGACUCGUAGCAUUAAAAUCGAAUAAGCCUAGGUUUCCACGUAGCGUGCUAGGGUUCGUCACGCCGGGCCUGCAGUUUGCCAGGACUGUAGAUGACGUGCUGUCAUAAAUAAAUGAGGCUUUUCUCGCGUGGAGACCUUCAAGCACACAGGCAAGCAGGGAGACGAGGGUGACAGAUCGCCAUGCGCUUGGCGCCCGCUGUCCGCCGUCAGCCGCAGGUGGCCGGGCGCGUUUCCUCUGUGCCUCUGUUUUCUCCCAAAAGUUCAUUUUGAAGCAAAUCCCAAACAGUGUGUGAUUUGCAUCUAUAAAUAUUUUAACAGACGGAAGGUGGGAUUUUACGUGGGAACUUUUUCCGUUAAUGCGACUUUUCUCAAGGUGCAGAAUUGCAGCGUCUCUGCCAUUUUCGAGGCUCCAUCUUGAACCCCCCCCAUUCUUAUACUCAUGGAUGACACAGAACUCAACAUGAAAGAACUUCCUCAGCCUGACCCGAUUUUUCCGUGUCAGGACCAGGGUUUCUUACGGAAUCUGACUCCAAAGUCUGUGUUUUUUGUGGUGUAAUAAAGAGUAAAUAUUUUGAGAAGUCCAUGGAGUAGCCAGAUGUCCGGAGGCCAGAGAGCAAAUUAAGAAUUUGGAUCAUGGGUUCUUGGAGAUAUUUGUUUUAGGGAAGAAAGUGCCUCUGCUGUUGACUCUACAAGCCAUCAGGGUUGAGGUUUGGUUUUGUGUGUGUUUCUGGUUGAGAAGUGGAUCGAGAAGACGGAGCUGUCUCAACUCCUGCGGCUCCAUUUCUGUCCCGAACACCUGCUUUUGCUCCUCCAUCUGGUUGUACUCAAGAGAUGACAGCCUGGGAUGCAUUCAACAAAAUCCAACACACCUGUUCGUGGUAGAAACCCUCGGAACAGAGGAAAAUGUUCGCGGCUUGGGAAAGGACGUCCACCGAACAGAGGAACCGCAGCAGGACCGUUCUUUAGGUACACGUUCUGGAACUUCAUACCCAAGAACCUGUUUGAACAGUUCAGAAGAAUAGCCAACUUUUACUUCCUCAUCAUAUUCCUGGUCCAGCUCAUCAUCGACACGCCCACGAGCCCCGUGACGAGCGGCCUCCCCCUGUUCUUCGUCAUCACUGUCACGGCCAUCAAACAGGGUUACGAGGACUGGCUGCGCCACAAGGCCGACAGCGCCAUGAACCAGUGCCCCGUCCACUUCAUCCAGCACGGCAAGCUGGUGCGGAAGCAGAGCCGGAAGCUGAGGGUUGGCGACGUCGUCAUGGUCAAAGAGGACGAGACCUUCCCCUGUGACCUGAUCUUCCUGUCCAGCAGCCGCGCGGACGGCACCUGCCACGUGACCACGGCCAGCCUGGAUGGAGAAUCCAGUCACAAGACCCAUUACGCAGUUCAAGACACAAAGGGUUUCCACUCGGAGCAAGACAUAGACGGCCUGCACGCCACCAUCGAGUGCGAGCAGCCCCAGCCCGACCUCUACAAGUUCGUCGGCCGCAUAAACGUUUACAACGAUCUGAACGACCCCGUGGUGAGGCCACUAGGAUCGGAAAACUUGCUUCUUAGAGGAGCCACGCUAAAGAACACCGAGAAAAUCUUUGGCGUCGCCGUUUACACGGGCAUGGAGACCAAGAUGGCCCUCAACUACCAGUCGAAGUCCCAGAAGCGCUCCGCCGUGGAAAAGUCCAUGAACGCGUUCCUCGUCGUGUACCUGUGCAUCCUCGUCAGCAAGGCGCUGAUCAACACCGCCCUCAAGUACGCCUGGCAGAGCGAGCCUUUCCAGGACGAGCCCUGGUACAACCGGAAGACGGAGGCAGAGCGGCAGCGGAACCUGUUUCUCCGAGCGUUCACGGACUUCCUGGCCUUCAUGGUCCUGUUCAACUACAUCAUCCCCGUGUCCAUGUACGUCACCGUGGAGAUGCAGAAGUUCCUGGGCUCCUACUUCAUCACCUGGGACCAGGAGAUGUUUGACGAGGAGACGGGGGAGGGGCCCCUGGUCAACACCUCGGACCUGAACGAAGAGCUGGGACAGGUGGAGUACGUCUUCACGGACAAGACGGGCACCCUCACGGAGAACAACAUGGAGUUCCGGGAGUGCUGCGUGGAGGGCCACGUGUACGUGCCCCACGCCGUCUGCAACGGGCAGGUGCUCCCCGACGCCGCCAUGGACAUGAUCGACGCCUCCCCGGACGCCAGCGGGCGGGAGCGAGAGGAGCUGUUUUUCCGGGCACUCUGUCUCUGCCACACCAUCCAGGUGAAGGAUGACGACGAGGUGGACGGGCCCAGGAAGUCGCCGGACUCCGGCAAGCGCUGUGUGUACAUCUCGUCCUCGCCCGACGAGGUGGCCCUGGUGGAAGGCAUCCAGAGAUUUGGUUUCACGUACCUGCGGCUGAAGGACAGUCACAUGGAGCUUAUGAACAGAGACAAUGGCAUUGAGAGGUUUGAAUUGCUGGAAGUACUGAGUUUUGACUCUGUAAGAAGGAGAAUGAGUGUAAUUGUCAAAUCUGCUACAGGAGAAAUUUAUCUCUUUUGCAAAGGAGCCGAUUCCUCCAUAUUCCCCCGAGUGAUAGAGGGCAAGGUGGAGCAGAUCCAGUCCCGCGUGGAGCACAACGCCGUGGAGGGGCUCCGGACCUUGUGUGUCGCCUACAAGAGGCUGGAGCCGCAGGCCUAUGCGGGCAUCUGCGGGCUGCUGCAGGAUGCCAAGGUGGCGCUUCAAGACCGGGAGAAGAAGCUAGCGGAGGCCUAUGAGCAGAUAGAGACAGACCUGAUCCUGCUCGGCGCCACGGCCGUGGAGGACCGGCUGCAGGAGAAGGCGGCCGACACCAUCGAGGCGCUGCAGAAGGCGGGCAUCAAGGUGUGGGUGCUCACGGGCGACAAGAUGGAGACGGCGGCUGCCACCUGCUACGCCUGCAAGCUCUUCCGCAGGACCACGCGGCUGCUGGAGCUCACGACCAAGCGGCUCGAGGAGCAGAGCCUGCAUGACGUGCUGUUUGAGCUGAGCAAGACCGUUCUGCGCAGCAGCGCCAGCCUGACCACGGACAGCUUCUCCGGGCUCUCAGCAGACGCGCCGGACUUCGGGCUGAUCAUUGACGGAGCGGCGCUGUCUCUGGUGAUGAAGCCCCGGGAGGACGGGAGCUCCGGCAACUACCGGGAGCUCUUCCUGGAGGUGUGCCGGAACUGCAGCGCCGUGCUCUGCUGCCGCAUGGCCCCCCUGCAGAAGGCCCAGAUUGUUAAAUUAAUCAAAUUUUCCAAAGAGCACCCGAUUACUUUAGCCAUUGGUGACGGCGCAAAUGACGUCAGCAUGAUCCUGGAGGCCCACGUGGGCAUAGGUGUCAUUGGGAAGGAGGGUCGCCAGGCCGCCAGGAACAGCGACUAUGCGAUACCGAAGUUUAAGCAUUUAAAGAAGAUGCUCCUUGUCCACGGGCAUUUUUAUUAUAUUAGAAUAUCUGAGCUUGUGCAGUACUUCUUCUAUAAGAACGUCUGCUUCAUUUUCCCUCAGUUUUUAUACCAGUUCUUCUGUGGGUUUUCACAGCAGACCCUGUACGACACUGCCUACCUGACGCUGUACAACAUCAGCUUCACCUCCCUGCCCAUCCUGCUCUACAGCCUGAUGGAGCAGCACGUGGGCGUGGACGCGCUCAGGAGAGACCCCACCCUCUACAGAGACAUCGCCAAGAACGCCCUGCUGCGCUGGCGCGUGUUCGUCUACUGGACGCUCCUCGGCCUGUUCAACGCCCUGGUGUUCUUCUUCGGUGCUUACUUCGUGUUUGAAACCACGACCGUGUCCAGCAGCGGGCAGACCGUCACCACCAACACACACAUGGUGUUCGGGAACUGGACCUUCGGGACGCUGGUCUUCACGGUCAUGGUGCUGACCGUCACCCUGAAGCUGGCGCUAGACACGCACUACUGGACGUGGAUAAACCACUUCGUCAUCUGGGGGUCCCUGCUGUUCUACAUCGUGUUCUCCCUCCUCUGGGGAGGCGUUAUCUGGCCGUUCCUCAGUUAUCAGCGGAUGUACUAUGUAUUCAUACAAAUGCUGUCCAGUGGCCCCGCCUGGCUGGCCAUCGUCCUGCUCGUCACCGUCAGCCUCCUGCCUGAUGUCCUCAAGAAAGUGCUGUGCCGGCAGCUGUGGCCCAGCGCCACCGAGAGAGCACAGAGGAGCCCGAGCCGCCGAGCCCCGGCCGACGCCGCCGCGCCGAGCCCCGACCGGCCCCUCCUGAAGGACCCCGAGCCGCGGCCGAGGCGCGAGUAGCCCGCGGAUAGGUAACGGCGCCCGGCCGGGCAGCCCCGUGUGCAGUGCGCUUGCCGAUUAUCCGUUUUCCUCCAAAGUUUGGCUGUGCUGUGCCAUUUCUGAUAGGUUCAUGCCCUCCGAGAAAUGCUUUUACAUGGCGUGGUCCGUGCCAGGUAAGUGGCCUGCCCGAGGCCAGGCUGCCUGGGCCGCAUGCCCUGCACACACACACACGCCCGUGUCCGCCGCCGCCGCCGCCGCCGCCCACACGUGUCCGGUGUCGCGUCUCCAGAACACAGCUCCUCGUACGCGGUUGUGGGAGUGGCUUCACCUCCAAGGUCCCUCAGGAGAGGCCACCGGUUGAAUGGAAAGAGGAUAUGGCGCGGGUGGCCCCGGGUGGGGGGUCAUCCAUCAGCCUGAGAGUUGGGGAGGGAGAUGGGAGGCUCCCGGCCGGUGGGGGACGCCGGGCUGGAGACGGCUGCCCGGCAGGACAUGGUCCGGGUGAGGUCAGCCCUCCCACUCAAGGGACCACACUCCCCUCCUCCACCGGCUGCGGUGAGGGGGCGAGGGGCCUCCUGCUUCUCCCCGAUGGUGGCCGAGGAAGGGGCACGAUCUCAGCCAGGACACCGUCCACACGUCUGGGUCCAGCUGUGUCCUGGGAGAGCCCGGCCGGCAGUGAGGCGGUGGGUCAGGUGCCAUGAGACGGCGUCGCCGGGGUCCUGGCACUGACACUGUGCUUUGUAUUCCGACAGACCGAGCGCUUGGUGUCAGGACCGCGUCUGGGGAGUCACCCCCUUGCCUCCCUGUAGACCCAGCCCCGGGCAGCGCCCUGGGAGGGCGGGAGCGCUGGCCCCUCCCGCCCCACGCGGCUGAGACCCUGCCCCGCGGCCCCAGGGGAGGCCGGACAGAUCCCAGGUUCCAGCCUUUAGAGCGGCCGGCGGAGGGAGGCCAGCGGCGGGACCCGUCGAGGCGCCGGCCUGGCUGCUUUCUUGGCUGUGCAACUCUGCAGCUACCUGGAAGGAUGGCAAGGCCGCCACGCCCGAGCUCCGGUGAAGCACAGCAUCCGGUCCCUGCUCCUGAGCUCCCGCACCUCUGCUUUGGGGACCAGCCUGCACCACCCUCGGGCUGCAUCGGGUCCGAACCUGCCAUCAGGAAGCUGACUGAGGGGUGUGCCUGGGCAGCGUGUGCUCCCCCAGGGAGAGGGCGCCUCCUCCCAGUCCCCCAGCUGCCCCUGAGCAGAGGGGAGCCUGGCGCUGAGCCGGCACAGGGUCCGGGCUCCCUCGGCGCAGCCCCCGGGAGCCUUCCGGCUUGCCGUGGCUGGGGAUCCAGGGGGCCCAGGGCUGGCAUCUGGCUGUGGUGGUCAGACCCCCUUCCAGCAUCCCCCUGGGCAGGGCUGUCGUCCUCCCAGGUCUGUGUCAGGCCACAGGCCAGCCCUAGACACCGCCCGCGCUCUAACCAAGCCGGCUGGGCCGGCCGCCGCCCCCGCUCUGCCCUGGGUGCUGCUGUGUUCCCUUUGGCGAGGGGGGGAAGGCCCCGAGCUCUCAAGUCCUUGUCACUUCCUGCGCCAGUGUCAGCGCUCUUUCUGGACGUAGCCUUAAUGGUCCAAAGAGGAGCCAUUUCCGCUUGAGAUUCAAACUUGAGACGGUAAAACCGCUGCCUUCGUAGGAACGUGUCACCCAGAAGCCAAACGUGGCCUCCCCGGGCUCAGACUGGGACGUUGCGGAGGGAACACCGCUUCCGAGAUGCUUGAUGUGAGGCGGUUUGGGGCCGUUCAAAUUUCACAGUUUGAAUAAUGUUUCACCUCUAAGGUAUUUAUUUGAAGUGGGGAAUGAGUUAUCAGUGAACACGGGUGGCUGGAGUUGAAGCAAGGCGAAGAGAAACAUACCAAAGACAGACAGACAGACACCGGGCUUAGAGCGAGCGGGGGCGGGGGCACGUGCCCUCCAGGCUGUGCCACCCCUACCCUGCCUGUCACUCACACCCCAUGUCCUGUGUGUGGUCCACCCCAGACCCUGCAGACUGGUGUGUGCGUUUUUACAGCCGUUUUUAAGAAUCUAAUAAUGGUACAUAAAUGUCACACCUGUGGGGGACAGAGUCUCUGUAUGUUUCGUUAACAAAUUCUUUGUAAUGUAUUUUUUUAGAAAUCUUAAAAUUGCCUUUGCACUGAAGUAUUUUCAUAGCUGUUUAUAUCUCUUUUAUUCCUUUAUUUGGUAACAUACCAUAUCUAAUUUUUGAGGUAUGUUUUUAAAGCUUUUAUUUUUUAAGUUGAUGAAAUUUCGGCCACUUUACAUUUAAAUUCUGGGGAGACUUUUGGCUGAAUGCGUCCGUAACUGAUGAAUGUGAAUUUUCAGAUUUGAUUUCAUUCUCUACACCCGUUCCCUUUGCGGUGUUUCCUGCUGCAGCGAGUGGUUAGAAGGCUUAUUCAGAUUCUGACACUUGGCUUUUUGCUCACGGUUCUUUCCAGUUUCAUCUGCUCUUUGGUUCUUAAUUUCUCUCCUUCAGCCUUAAAAUAGAAAGAAGCUUCUCGGUGGUUGGCGUCCUCUUCCUGCCUGGCUGGAGAUGGUUACCAGUUCCCUCGGGUACGUCCAGUCUCCUUGCAAAAGUCUCCGGCCAUCUCACCUCCAGAAUGUCUUUUUCAAAUUGCCUGUGAAAGUAUUAACCUACUUACUUUCCGGCCAUGAGACGGAAGUUAGGUGAGGGAGGGAGAGCGGAGCCUCGGAAGUGACAUUUCAGCCCAGAGCUAAGAGAGUCCCGCCUGACGGUGGGUGGUGUGUACUUGCCUUAAACGAACCGCAAAGCAAGUAAUUGAAGCAUUUUGCUUAGUUUUGAAAAUCUUACUCGCAGCUGCACGUUGAUAUAAAUUAGGAAGCCGUCGUUUCCCCCGGCGGCCCGGACAUCUGGGUUCCUGACCCGCUCGCCACCCCCCACACAGCAAGCCGAGUGGGAGCCUUCCAUCCUGCUUUCCCCCCAUGCACCGCACGCAUAUCCGCUGCCUGAGGGGACCCUGCCUCCAGGGGUGAAGCUCCUCCCUUUCAGGAAGUGCGGGCCCCGCCUUUAGGAUGGGUGGCCGCCAGCAGCUCCUGGACCACCUGUCCAGCAUCCAGAGCUGGGAGAUGAGACCCUCUCUUGGCAACUCCUGUUAGAGCCCAGGUCAGCCCACUCCUGUGCGCCUGACUGGAUGGGGUGAACGCAGACCAAAGGACCCCUGGGGCCCCCGAGACUGCGGGUGGCCAGAAGUGCCAGCCUCUGCAGCAGCAGGUUUCUACAAGCGUAGUUUAGCCUGGCGAGAUUGUGCAGCUUGACCUGGAGAAAUGCCUGGCACACGCCAUGUAACUCUUCUUGAAUUGAUGGGCAUCGCACGUUCAGGGCCACCUGAGGGAAGUCUCGGCCUUUUCCUUUAAAACCACUACGCUCAUCUGUUUUGCACUGACUAUCAAUAACUUAAUACACCCACUCCCACUUAUCUUUAAAUGAAUGGUAUUUAUUUGACAGCUCGGUGUAACAGCUUGCUAUGCACUUUCUUUUGGAAGUUUCCCAUCUGAAACUUGGAAAACAGGAAAAAUGUCAGCUGACAGAUGUAUUCAUUUUUUUUUUUUGUUAAAGUUAGCGGGUAGGUGAAUGGGGCUAAGACUCAUUCUGAUACUGUGUGUAAACAAGCUUUAAGGAAGAUGUGCCAGAGCGUUCAAGUCUGAUUCUACUUUUGCAGAAAAAAAUCUAAAGAUCAGUUUAUAGAGCUUUAUUUUUUACCUUAUCGAAAUAUACAGAAUUUUAAUAUGCAUAUGUUGUCUCCGACUUAAAAUUAGAAUGUAUGUCUGCAUUGCUGUUUAACAUGUCCACUCAUCGUGUAGUGAUGUAAUAGCAGAGCCUCCUCAGACAUGGGCUUAACACAGAUGGAACCUGUAGUUGUUGUCGUCAUAAAUACUGGACUUUAUUUUUAAAUUAUUGAAUAUAGUAGGUGCGUUCAAGACUAUAAAUCAGCCUCCAAACCAUAAUGUUUAAUUGCAAAUAAAUCAUUAACCUGCUCUGAAACAUUAAAUUGGGAUUAAACCACGUCUUACAUUUCUGUAAA